CUCCUGUAGCUUCCCCAAUGGCCAAAUAUAUUACCGUAGGAUCCCUGAUGAGGAAUUUCUUGCUGCAGCUCUUCCUCUUUCUGCCUCUUUAUUAUUACUGUUUGUUAUUUCUGCCACAUCAGCACGCUGUAGGGCCAGUCCCUACAUUUUUCCCCCUAACAGACACCCUACAGACAACUGCCAAGGGUGAGUAGAACAGUUCUUGGGGUGUGUUAAAUCUGAAAUGUUAAUCCAUGAAGCUUUAGGGAGCUACUUUCUGACCGUAUCCUUUCUGUAAGCACAGCUGGUAAGCUCCAUUUCAGAGCUGGGACACCCCCUGCCCCCCUUUCACUUCUACUUCUGAAAACCAGAAGAUUAAGCUCGGCUGAAAGAGUUCGUUCCUCAACAUUGAAAAAUGCAUUAGCUUGAAUUCGUAACAGAAAUUCAUAUCUCUCUGAAACAUAAAAAUAGCGCUCAGCUGCGAAUUCAACUGCAAGUUACUGAACAGAAGAACUUGCACUAUAACCAACUACAGCACGAGAUGAAGGCAUCCCCGGCCCCUUUGCCUUUAAAAUGCCCUGGAAGCAGUGGCUUUCGGCAGAACACCUUAUCUGCUCUCGAGAGCUGUGACUCUUCAUCCUUUCGUUAUGAAGACCCAGGGGAUUGCUUACUUAGCAUACACCAGAGGCAAUGGAUAGGGUGAGCAGUCACUGCAGCCAGAAAACCCCAGCACGGAGCAGAGGCAAUUACCCUCCGCACGCAGAGACCGUGGAGCUGAAUCGUGCUGAAUAGAGAACCCCUCCAGCUGGCAGAGCCAUGUGUGGCUGGGAAGAGCAGCCACUUUCGCUCCGCUGAGAAGCAAUGCAAACACACCGGUGACAAGAACUGCUUCCAGGUCUGGAUGGACAUGAACCUGAGUGGAGCCUGAAUGCAGCUGAAACCACACUGACUAACAAAACUUUUAAAAUAUGACUACAGUAAGGAUUUUAACUCCACAAUGCUGCCAUGCCAGGAUGUGACAGGCUUUCUACCCAGGUCUGGAAGCAUCACCAGUAGUACUGAUAAGAGCAAAGCAUCCAGCCUACUAGUCUACAGCAGGAAAAAGAACUGUUUCCAGUAGAACUAUGCUGGCCUGAUGGAUUUCACAUGCAAAACUGGUCUGCUAAUGCACCCAGCACAUCCCCCGUGGCUGAGAGCACUAGUGGGAUGUGCGGGCAGGGCCUGACUCAGUUUCAAGAUAACCAUUCCUGGUGAAGGUGUGAAGACAUCUGAGCAAAUAACUGCUUUGUGGUCGAUGAUGUUAGCAGCAAAUAUAAACCCAGAUGAGGAGCGGCAAAAGCAAUGGAAGGACCAACCCCAGAACCCGUGUACGUUGAUGUGGACAAGGGACUGACACUAGCAUGUUUCGUCUUCCUCUGCCUUUUCUUGAUUGUGAUGAUCAUUCGCUGUGCAAAAGUCAUCAUGGACCCGUACAGCGCCAUCCCUACGUCUACCUGGGAGGAGCAGCAUCUCGAUGACUGAAAGGACUUCACUAGACUGAGCCAUAAAAUGCUGCAAUCCAGGAGGCCUUUCCCUACCUGGAAGGCAAGCACAAAUAGCCAUUUUCAGACAUGCAGGGCAACUGCAGUAUCUUUAAGAGCACGUAGAUCAGAUGAUUCUUGCUCAACAGAUCAGGAUAUUGGCAAGCCAUUCUCACAGCACAGUUAAUACUAUGCAGCAACACAUUUUAAUGAAAACAGCGAUCAUUGUAUCUCAAGUAGCACAAGACUCUCCAGACUUCUGCUGUAGCAAAGUUUGCCCUCUCAAUAUCUCCCACAAAUCCAGGGCUUUGUUCAGAAAACAGAAUUUGGAAAAGCAACAAGAAUAUUUUAUCUUCCCUGAAUGUUUGCUUCAAAUAACUUCAAGUCAUUAUAUUUGUUUCAAAAAAGGGACAGGUUUUGUAUCCCAGAGUAGAAGCACUAAAACACCAUAGCUAAGGAGGGUGCUAUGAUCAGAUUUAUUCUCAGAUAACUUGGUUGUUGGCAUACACUCCAUACAAGCAGUCACAUUUCCAGUGAUCAGAGUACAGAAGUACUCAAACUACAGUUCCUAAGAGGUCAUGGAGUAUGGUUGACCCUGCAGCCUCCCCUUGCUCUAUCCUGCUCCUGGAAAACACUAGAUGUUUUGUCACCUGCCAUAGGUCUAUGGAUUAACCAGAAGUACUAGACCACUUGCAAUGAUCUUGAUAGACAUCAGAAAUUCAUUGAGCAGAACUUGGACACCACUGGCUUCAACUACAUAGAGCGUGCCCUGAUUUUCAAAGAGCAAUUCCACAUGAUACUUCAUUGAUCUUUCCUUUCAGGCACAAUUCAAUGGGAUCACACACAGAUUAAAGACAAUAAGCAAAGACAUGGCUCCUAGCUUUGUCAGAUUCUUUAGCAUAACAGGUACAGUAGCAUACAAUAAUACGCAUUCUACCUCGAACAACUUCAGCACCUUUAAAAGAAUUUUUCCACAAAUUUGUAGGUUGAUUAUCUGUACAUUUCCUUCUCUCACUCCAUUAAGAAAGCCAUUAUGAAAGAAGGCAUAAAUAAACAAGGGAGCUUUGGAAGUUUAUUAUUUACCUUUUGAAGAGUGGUGUUUGAGGGAUUCCUGUGUCGGAUAUUCCUCAAGUUCUAAGGUUUGACAACAGCCACCUUUCCUGAGUACAUGUUGGGCCUAAUAGAUUGUAAACAGUUGCUGAAGCAAUAAGGAAUAGGUACUAUAACUACAAGUAUCAUGCAUAGACAAGACCUGAAAGCACAAGUUUGUAAGAAGGGCAUUUCACUUCUUUACCAUCCUCAAUGACUUCUAGAUUUUUGCCAUAAGAUAAGGUACAGUGGUUGAGAAAGGCAGAAACAAAGGUCAGAGCAAAGGAUUAGGAUGUAAACUUCGUAGGUUACUGCUCUCAGCUCUGACAGAUUUGUUUGGCCACCAUACACAAGUUUUUCUGUGCCUCUGUCUACUCACUUGUAAAAUCAGUACAAUAACAGUAACUUGUCUCACUUUUGUCUGUAUCGUACCACCAUAAAAAGCAUUUGGACAGCCUUGGACAUGAAAAUAAGAUAUUGAUUUACAGGUCUUCCCUGUAAAACUAAAGGGGGAGAAGGUCCAAAUCUCAGUAUACAGCAAGUGAAGUUCUCCCCAGGCAUAGAACUUGUCCAGCCCUCCAUUCACUCUCAUUGAGACUGGAAUAUCCCCGGUCAUGCCAAUGGCAACUGGCUUUAUUGCCUAUUCCAAUGAUUUCUGAGGACACUGGAGGAAAGGUGCUCAGCAACGAUUAAAGAAUAGCAGGUGGUGAGGUACAUGGAAAAUUUUGCAUGCAUCUUCUGCACUAGGCUCAAUCACACAAUUUCUGGUUAUCUCUGUUCUAGGAGAUCCCAUUCAGGAGGCAGGAGAUUUGAGGAUCAGCUUUUAUCCUGCUAUUCUCUAACAAGAGACCUCUGCUGCUUCAGUUACCCCUGCAGUUUGCUCAUCAGGCUGUUAUUCAGCCUCAGUUUCUGAUAGCCAAUUAACCACCAGUAAUUGAAUAUUUUCACAAGUGUGAAUGCUAAUGUUCACCAUAAUUUGAGAAAAUAUGGUCACCUCUUAUUCAUGAGCGUGCCUAUCUAUAGCAUAGGAACUGAUGCCCUAGCUCAAAGGAGAUUGUUUCUGUCCUCUGGGCUAAAGUUUAGAAUCCAUUUUUUGUCACUAUCCCACUUUCAUGCUAGUGAGGGUACAGAAUAAACCUGUUUCCAGGUUAGAGACACUUCCAUUUUUUCAGGUUACCUGGCUACUUGAGGAGUACCCACAUGCUUUGCUGUGCAUCAUCAAUAAGCCCCUGUUCAGCUAAGGACUUAUGCACAGGCUUAAGUUGAAGCCCCUGAGCUGGCUGCCUGACUACCCAGGGACAAGGGUCAGCCACACGCCGUGUCCUUAGCUGGACAGGGACAGUAACGCACAGCCCUCGUAGGAACAAAGCCUGUAUGAGAACAAACCGUGACAAAUGCUGGGGAGGCAAAUUAACAAGUUAGCAUCACAGAAGUAUUUGCCGUUAUUUCUAUUUCCAGCUAAUGCAAGCCAAUUUUUUUUCCCCCCAAAAAAAUAUUUUAGAGGAAGGAUCCCCCUGGGUAGCUCAAUUUUCUAAAAAGGCACUUAUCUUUCUGAUAUCACCUAUCAAGUCCUGUUCAUGACUGUCUAAACACCAACAGGAUUGUUUUUAUCAAGAUAACAUAACCCUAUCCUAAUUUCUGCCUUCCACCAAUGAUUACAAACACAACCUCACCACUCUAAUUUAAAGCAAUACUGAACAUCAUGGCAAAAGCAGAAGUUUCAUCCUGCUUGCCUUUGAGUUGGGAGCUGCCCACCCAAGACAUGUUCAUUACUCCAGCUCCUGCCAAACCUGAGCCUGUGAGCCCGGUUGGCAAAGCUGUGUUCCCGGCCAGAGGAAGCUUUGUGUUAGCAGGGGGCUGCAUCACUGGGCUUGGCAGUAAUUUUGGCUGCAUGUAACAAGUGCCUCUGCUAGUUUUAUUUUUAAUCAUUAUGCCAUACCACCAGCAAUUGCACUCAGAGGAAAUAAUGCAAAUUUACUGCAAAUGUAUUUACCUAAUGCAAUAAACAGCUUCUACACUGAAA